UGUGUGUGUGUGUGUGUGUACUAUUACGUAAACUAUAUCUACGCUUAUGUAUGUAUAAGGUUAGAAUAAGUACACGAAGGUAUACGAUAUACUAUAGGGAAAGGUAUUCUAAAUAGAAUAAUGCUUCGUGCCAAAAAACUUCCUUGUAAUAGACUUAAAGUCUGAUAUACAAUAAUUAUGAUUAUUAUUAUAUCUUCUGCGAAUGAAAAAUACAUAUUCCUUUCAGAAAAACAUUCAUACAAUUCCAGUAUUGCGUACAAAAGUUUAUAUUCUUCUUAGCAUCCAGUUAAUGAUAUUAAAAUUAUUAAUUUUUGAUAGAUACUUCAUUUACUGCAGCAUUCAUUUAAAAUAACAUUUUUAUUAUUAAGAAAAUAUUUUAAUAUUCCUAUAAUAAUAAAUUCUUUAUAUAAAGCUUUUGGUUUAUAUUUCCUUACUAAUAUGUUACUGUAUUAGAGUUUAUUAUUAAAUUUUUAAAUUAAUAAAUUAUUAAAUUUAAAAAUAAUUUUUUAUUAUUCUUAAUUUAAGAAUACGUAGCAUUUCGUUUUAAAACUUUUAUUUUCUGGGUUUAUUAUUAUUGUUUCAAUAAUAAAGAAAUCUGAAUAAAAAAGUAUCUAGUAAUUUUUUAAAUUUUCAAAACAAACCGCAACUUUUUGCGCAUGCGCAAAGCGAGACCUUUCCUCCAUGUUGAUCUUUUUCAACUCAACUGACGCAAUAUAAAAUAUGACCCUGGUCCGUGGUUUCCCAUGUUUUCAGUUUUCAAUAUGUAUACAUGUGAGUGUCUAGAGCUCACAUUUAUUUAGUAUUUAUUUAUUUAGUAUUUAGAGCUGUUAUAUGACCUUUCCUUGGUUUUAUUUUACUUUAGAGUCCCAAAAGGUUAAAGGCGUGAAAUCCGCUGGUUCAAAAGUUAUGACUAUGUAAAACCCGAGAAUUUCGAAUCGCCGGUCAUCGACUUUCCAAACAUUUAGUCAUUCAUUCAUAAAAUAACGGCUCGGUCUGCCAUAAUGUUGUCACGAAAAUGGUUACCACCAAUAAACAAUUAUAACUCAAAUUUGAAUAUUAGUUAAACAAUUUUUUGUCAUCAUGUAUAAAUAUGUAGCUAGGUUUUCCCUGUUAAAGUAAAAGCUUACCAAGAACAUAUUCGUCCACGAGUUUAUCAUUGGCUGCAUUAAUUACUCGAAAUCGAGGCUCCUGUCUUAACCACAAAUUUUAUGAUGUUCAUCAUACGGAACUGCAAUCGGAGUACGUACAGUGCCAGGCUCUUAAGCUACAAAGAUUAAUAACGUUUUAACAACAGGAUUUUGACGUUCAAAAACGUCUUAGCAACGGUAUGAAAAGAGAAACCUCAGCUUCAGCCCGAAAACGGACACUUAAAGCUACUCCUUGGAACGAACAUUAUCAUUUACGUUCCCAUUGUAAAUACCCAAGUGUACGCUGUAAAUUGAAUGUAACAAUUGCAACUGUAGAUAAAGAUGGUUUCAGAUACAUGUUCAUACCUGCUACUUUAUCGACCCUUAUUUAGCUUGUUGAUUAUUUUGGAGAAGCGCGCCAGCAGUCGCAUGUAAGUAGGACAAGUCAGCGGUUGAUCAGGCGCGGCAAUUAUAAGGCGCUGUUGUUACUACUAGAAUUUAAAACUUUCAUUUUUUCCUAUGCUUGCUUAUCGUUUUCUUUCAGAGUUACUAACAUUUGACUGUCUACCUAAAAGCUAUGAAAAUUUUGAUAUUAAUAGAAAGAAUUCAAUGGAGUAUAUAACCAGGGAACAUCUAGGUAUGUCAGAAAUUCCAUUCUACUUUGUUUCUAAAAUACUAUAAAUAUAUCACUUUCUGGACUAUUCUUUCUUUAGUACCUUAUAAAAUACCUUUUAUUUCAUAAUCGAAAACAGUGUUUCAUCAAGAAAUGUGUAACUGAAUGUGAUCACGAUAAAACGUAACAUUUUUACGGAAUUAUAGAACGGAAAGAUAGAUGGAUCAAAAUUAGAUCGAUCCUAUCUUGCAGACAUAAAGCUGCAGCCAUGCCAAGAGACAAACGGACAAAAGUAAGAAACGAGUAGCGAAUACAGAUCGGUUCUAUCAAGUGGUCACGAUCGUUAGUCACGAAAAUAUCGAUAUCACAUCAAACUGAAAGUUUCAACAAUACGCGUGUGCAUAUAUACACGACGAGAUAAAACUAACGACCGACCGGGGGCUGAUGGCACGCGAUGUACGACAUGCAAAUUCUUCGCGGUAACUCAACAUCGUACGCGUCUACUACUCCUUUCGCAGCAAUGUAAGACGAAGGACGAUCGAGAAUUUUGUCGAAAAACUAACGGCAGAGAACGAAAAGACAAGUUGCGUUGAUAGGAAGAAUUGAUUGGGUCAUCCCCGCGGCAACCAAUGGGCAAACACAAAUGAAACGGAGAGAAAGUCUGGCUAUGGGUUUCGAGACUACCCUCAGUUGCUUGACCGAUUUCCGCACGCGAUAUCCCCAUCUCGAGACACAUCACGUACACGAUCGAAACCAACCUGAUUAUCAAAUUGGAGAAUAAUGUAAAAGAGGAAAGACGAAUCAUGGAGGUUUUGUAAAAGACGGCCUUAAAAACUGAUUAUUAUUAGAGUUAGUUUUUGUGUAUUCUCAAAAUGAGGCUCGUGGGAUUUACGAUCGCCAUGUGUGGAUUCCUCGGAUUUUGCGGUGAAUCUGCGGUUUACGCGCAGAGAAACGUCGUGGGCAAUCGAGGAUCUACAAAAACAAGAGCUGUUAAUCUUUAUCUUAUUAACGAUGAAGCCAACAAAGUAGCAAACAGUAGCAUAAUAGCGGCGUUAGAGACAAUCAAUGAAAAAUACCCGAAUUAUUUGGGCGAGGUUUGGAGCGUUCAAGUGAAUGAAUCUGACGUCAACGAUACUCUCGAUCGUAUCUGCAAACCUUGGGAUUCGGCUGUAAAAAAAGGAGGAACCGGAGUUCCAGAUUUAGUUAUAGACACGACGACAGCCGGUUUAGGGGCCAAGAUAUCUAACUCAUUCACAGCUGCUUUGGGAAUCCCCACGUUAUCCGCACAAUACGGUCAAGAAGGAGAUCUUUUAUACUGGAGGAACUUAAACACAGACCAGGAAUCCUAUUUGAUUCAAGUGAUGCCUCCGACAGAUUUAAUACCAGAAGUAAUCAGACAAUUGUGUAUUCAGUUGAACAUAACAAACGCUGCGAUUCUGUACGAUCGUAAUUUCGUCAUGGAUCAUAAAUAUAAAAGUUUGUUGUUGAACGUGCCAACAAGACACGUGAUCAACGAAGCUUCUCAGCAAAUAAUGGAAAUGAGAACACAGUUACCUCGUUUACGAGAUUUGGAUAUAGUGAACUAUUUCAUUCUUGGUGAUGAAAAUACCAUCAAUAUAGCUCUGGAAGCGGCAGAAGCUUUAAACUUUACUGGCAAAAAGUACGGUUGGUUUUUAUUGACUCCGGAACUUAACGUUUGGCCGAGAUGCGAGUGUAAAAAUAUGAACAUCCUCUUCAUGAAGCCAGAAUUUAACAAGAAAAGCCCAAUAGAGUCAUCUUUGUCAAACCCGGUUAUUUCUUCCGCAUUUUAUUAUGAUUUAAUACAAUUAGGCGUCCGGGCAAUGAAAUCGGCCUUGGAUGACGGAGAAUGGCCAGUAGAACCUAAACAUAUCACAUGUGACGAAUAUGAUAAAACUAAUACCCCAGAAAGAAAGGUGAACUUUUUUAAUAGGUUAAAGGAAAGUUAUAAAAACAUGACACCGACUUAUGCUGGAAUUAAAUGGGGAUCGAAGAAUGGAGAACACCGGGCCAAGUUCGAGAUGUCCAUUCAUUUAGUGGACAUAAAAGAUGGGAUUGUUUCAAACACUAUCGAUAGCGGAUCUUGGAACGCGAGUAUCUCCGCACCAUUGCAGAUAACGAACAACGAAGUGAUGAAUACCACAGCGGUGAAGAGCUACCGUGUAGUCACCAUAAUUCAUCCACCAUUUGUAAUGUACAACGAAGAAAACGGCACGUAUUACGGUUUCUGCAUCGACUUGCUGGACGAGAUUAAAGACACGGUAGGCUUUCAGUACGAAAUACGAGAAACGGAGGACAGACGAUAUGGAAGUUUAAAUCCGAAUGGGAGUUGGAACGGAAUGAUGAAAGAGCUGAUCGACAAACGAGCUGAUAUCGCUCUAGGAUCAGUCUGGGUCACAGCGGAAAGGGAGAGGGUGGUCGAUUUCACGGUGCCUUACUACGAUCUGGUCGGUCUGUCCAUCAUGAUGUUGAAAACGAAAACAACCAGCUCGCUAUUCAAAUUCCUCACGGUAUUGGAGAACGAGGUCUGGUUCUGUAUCCUAGCCGCUUAUCUCUUUACCAGCGUCUUGUUGUGGAUCUUCGACCGUUGGUCUCCGUACAGCUACCAGAACAAUCGAGAAAAGUACAAGAACGACGACGAGAAAAGAGAAUUCAAUUUAAGGGAGUGUUUCUGGUUUUGUAUGACUUCCUUGACACCACAGGGUGGCGGAGAGGCUCCAAAAAAUCUUUCCGGACGACUGGUCGCUGCCACUUGGUGGUUAUUCGGAUUUAUAAUCAUCGCAUCGUACACGGCGAAUCUAGCUGCGUUUCUGACAGUGUCCAGGCUAGAAAUUCCAAUCGAAACGUUGGAGGAUCUCAGUAAACAGUAUAAGAUUCAAUAUGCGCCGGUGAUAAAUUCUUCAGCUUAUAUUUACUUCAAGAGAAUGGCUGCCAUUGAAUGGAAAUUCUACGACAUCUGGAAGGAAAUGAGCCUUAAUGAUAGUUUGUCAGAUGUGGAGAGGGCAAACUUGGCAGUGUGGGAUUACCCUGUCAGUGACAAAUACACGAAAAUGUUGCAAGCCAUGGAAGAGGCUGGAUUUCCAGCUUCCACCGAAGAAGCGCUACGACGAGUUCGGCGUCUUGAUUCGAAUAACGAGUUCGCUUAUAUAGAAGAUUCAACGACCAUUAAGUAUCUUACUAUGACGAACUGUGACCUGGUCCAAGUAGGCGAAGAUUUUUCGAGGAAGCCUUACGCCAUUGCCGUUCAACAGGGAUCGCCAUUGAAGGAUCAGUUUAACAAUGCAAUUUUGAUACUACUAAACAAGAGGAAAUUGGAGAAAUUAAAGGACACAUGGUGGAAGAAGAACCCUGACAGAAAAGACUGCGACGCAGAAAACAGUCAAAGUGACGGUAUAAGCAUCCAAAAUAUCGGAGGAGUAUUCGUUGUUAUAUUUCUAGGUAUUAUUUUUGCUUGUUUCACUUUGGCCUUUGAAUACUGGUACUAUCGACACCGUACGAAGAUCACGAAGAUUAAUCUGAACAGCACAACCAAAGGGAAAGUCACACAAGUAAAACCACUUAGAUUCAACUUACAGCCGGCGCCUACGCACGGUUUUCAGAAUAGCCAACUCAGACCAAGAUUUUGAGUGUGUCUGUGAUAAAGAAAAAAAAAAGAUAUUCAUGAAUCGAUCAUCGUGUAUUACAGAUAUAUCACUUCAAUGUUAAUACUUACCGUUGGUUAGUGUUCAAUAAAAACAUAAAAAGACGAUGUACAGGAAUACCUAAAAAAUUAACAAUUUUUUUUAUUACAGAAGAAAGUCUGGACCAGAAUUAUAAAUGACAUAGAGCUUCAGCGUUUGCAAUGCCUUUAUUUGGUUACUCCCUUUGCGUACAUUACUUCGCGCAGAGAAUACAUAUUCGGAUAUUCUUUCGUUUCUUUCCCCUCAUAUUCCGUUCACUUUCUUCGCAUCACAAUUCACGUACAUUGCUUGUCAUUUUAACUAACCUUCCUCGCGACGUCUUAACAUAUCACCAUUUUUUUUCUUUUUUUUUU